UAAACCAGGAAUGGUGUUGAUCUUUGAGCUGUUUCUGCUGCAGGGAUCAAAUAUUCACAUUGAUCGGGUAGUCGGAUGGGGUGCAUUUCCCAUCUGCAAUGCUCAUUUUGAGAUUCUGGAAGGAAAGUUUAAAUGUCCUUUUCUAAGGGGUCAUCGGGACUCCAAAAUAGAUGAAUUCAAAAAAAUCGAAGGGCUUAUAUCAUCAGAUUUGGAUCACUGGCUGUGCAACCUCUAUUUUCAGAUAAUAAAGCUUCCAAAAUACCUCCAUGGACAGAAUGAGUAUGAGGUGGCACUCCAGCUUCCUGCACACUUUCUAAGAUCAUCUGAGUGCUUUUAUACCUCUGAAAAAGAUGAAACCGAUAGAAACAUCUUUGAUAUCAACUCUUGCCCAAAGACAGCUCGUACUCAGAAAUCUGAUGGAAAGGACCUCAACCCACAGUCUCGCUCUAGAUGCUCCUCUAUUGCAGAAGAAGUUCAGGGCAUGUGUGGCAUUGCUGCUGAAUGUGAGGGGAAAUUUGAUGAGCAGAUUCCAGUCAACGGAGAGAGUGGAAUGUACUAUAAGGUCGUUCAGUGUGAUCCACUCGAGUACAACAACCAAAGGAAAUCCCAUCAGCAUACUCCUGCUGAAGAAACAAAAUCAAUUCCACAAGCACCAUCCUACUUGGAGGAACUACAUCAACACCGAUUCUCUGUAGCAUCCGAUUCUUUUCCUGAGACAGCCCUGAAAGAUCACAGAAGAGUCAAUGUGCGCUGCCGUUUUGUAGGUUGGAUGUUCCUCGAGGAGCUUGGGCUCUCACAGUGGCAUUCAUCAGAGUUCUGGCUCAUUAUGCUACUUAUUGCAUUGAUCUGGUUCGUGAGGCUAUACCUGCAUUACUACAGCCAAUACCUCUUCCUGCAAGCAAUUGGUGUCCCCGUCAACAAGUUCCAAUUCUAUCCACACACGGUUGAACUUAGCUACCAGAAUUCUCUGCUGCACACCCGUGAGGAGCUGACCGUUGUAGUGAUGGGACCUCUGACCUUGAAUGUAGCUAUGCUUAUUAUGGUCAUGAUCAGAUGGGUCUGUCGUGUACUAUUUGGAUCAUUUCCUUGCUUCUUGUCAAAGUUUAUCAUGGCUAUGGGACUUUGGACAAUGCUUGACCCUCUGGCAAUAUUUAUAGUGGAUGGCAUCCUCGGGCGUCUGUCUUACAGUGCAGAGAGUCCAAUAGCAGAUGUGGCCAAGCUUUAUUGGCUGUUUUACAGAACAGAGCAUUCUGGAAUCGCUGGCAUCCUGAUUACUGUCUUCCUUUACAUUGUGCUUUUCAUUUGUUCCCUCACAAUACUCUAUAUAUAUUACUUAAGGCUGCACAAUGAUGGUCCCUUGCUAGAUUUCUUCCAUCGCCUCCUCAGCAGUGAGGAUCAUUUUUUGGUACCAUUAGAUCUGGAGGUGUCCAAUCAGGAGCUAAGCUACAUAGCCAAAAAGGCAGAGCAAUGGAGGGGCAUUAAUGGUGAGAGAAGGAAGGUGGCAGUGUACGACUACAUCUGGAAUGAUGAACCCACCACACAUUCCUUGUGUCGCUGUGGACCCCAGGAGCAUAAUCAAACCUCUGGAUCAGAGUCUGGCCUUGGAGAGAUCACCACUCAUGUGUCUAUAUACAUUAUCCACCUCAGUGGCUUGAGAGAGCUGCACAGGCAUUUCCUUAGGCUGCCUGAUGGUGCCAUCAUUGAGGUGUUUGGUGAUAUUAGCAGCACUAGCUUUGCACAGAAUGAAGUAAACACAGUAUCGCAGAAACAGAUGAACUAUAUGGAGAAUGUACAGCAAUCCUCUGCCCUUUGUGCACUUCGAGAAAGACAGAGGAAGAGGAACACAGAAGUCUAUUCACAAAUGGGCAGUAAUACGAAGCAAUAAGGAUAAACCAAAGUACGAGAGGAAGAUGCCACAGCACAGAAUGGUGGAGAGGGUAAAAGCAUUGUGCAAGCAGCUGUGUGAUAAAAGAUACAUUUGAAUUAAAUACUGAUCUGGGAGCUGGAGAGCUUUUUAUUUUCUAAAGCUAUGGAUUACAAUUAAUUUUAAAUGUGCCGACUUUCAGAACUAUCAUGAGGCAGUAGUUUUUAUAGCUUUACAGAUGAUUAAAAAGUCAUUUUCUCAAAUGUUCUCACUGGAAUUUUUGGAAGAAAAACAUUUAAUUGCAACUAUAAAAUGUGCAUGCUUUCUGCACAAAGUGUAAUUUGUACAAUGCUGCAAUACGGUUGGUUAUUUGUCAUAUUUCAAAUCAAAUCAUUCCCCAUUGUAUUUACACAAAGAUAUCACUGUUUAUAAAGUACGACAAUUAAUCAUUGCUUAAUGCAUCAGCUAGUAUGAGAGCAACCACCUUUAAAAAGAGGUCAGGUUGCAAAAUCUUAAACAGAAAUUAACUUAAAGACAAAAACUUGAAAACCUGAGGCAAGUUUCCUCUCUCCAAACACACACGCCUCUAUUUACCUAGCAGUAAAUAUGAACCUGCUUGUUAGUAGAUUGACGUAUCACUUUCCAGGGAUAAUAAACCCUUUAAAAUAAAUUUUAAAAUAAUUUGGUGACUCAAUCCACGACUGUUUGUGGAAUAAUGUGGAGUCCUGUAGCUCAGUGGUUAGAGCACUCCCUUUGCAAGCGAGAGACCUGAGUUCAAUUCCAGGCAGAGGGCGAAACCUUGGGCAAGUUUCCUUACUCCACACGCCUAAUAAUAAUCCCUCCAAAACCAAAAUCAAUAAUAAAUUGGUCAUUUUCAAUCUACGACUGUUUGUGGGACAUUGCUGUGUGCAAUUGGCUGCCGCGUUCGCCCACAAAUAUAGAGUCAAUUCACUUUACAGUGUGUUCUGUGAAGCGCUUUGGGACGUCCUCCCGACGUGAAAAGCGCUAUAUCAAAUGCAAGGAUUAGGAUUAUUAAUGAGUUGCGCAAUUGGCUGCCACAAUUCGCCCCCAAAACACACGCAGUCAUUACAGUUUACAGUGUAUCCUGUGAAUUGCUUUGAGAUGUCACAAAGAUGUGAUAAAGCGCUGUAUCAAAUGCAAGGAUUGUUAUUAUUAUGAUAGUUAAAUAUUCAAUAGUUACAUCCAGCUGAUAAUACGAUCACACAUCUGAAAUAUGUGAUCCUAUUACCUUUUUGACCAUUUACAAAAAGAAACAUUGACAAAAUCCUGAUAAGUGCAAAAUGGACAUAUACUCCAAUAGUCUUUUCACUGUAGAGGUAGCAUUUAGUUUCUAUUCUUUUUGGCAAUCAUAUUUCCAAAGCGUUAUUACCUAACCUAUUACUGUAUAUAACAACUUAGAUUUGUCUAAAUGCCUUACUAUGUUAAAAUAUUUCAAAGUGCUUUACAGCAAUUGCUGUCAAGUGGUGUAGAAUGUAUCUAUCUAAAUGUACAUGUAUGGAAUGUCUAUAUGUAUAAAAAGU